AUGUCCCGCACAAGAAGUGAAAUCCAGUUCAUCCAUUCAUCCAAACCCGGAGUACCUGAGGUAGCGUCGGCUGAAAUGCGACGACGAGUUCACUCACAUGCAGCCCGAUCGGCACAUGCCAAGACGAGGCGACAGAGAGUCAUUGAGUACCAUGCAAUCAAAACUAUCAGUGGCUCGGAAGACGAAAGCCUGCCAUUCUCCACAGCGGCCGCCGAGAUAGCGAUAUCCGUCAUCACAAGCCCUCUGGGCUUCCUGGGGUCUCACCGGAGAGAUCCCUUCGCAAGUUUUGCCAGGAGCCUAAAUUCGAAUGAAGAUUUUCUCUUAGACUACUACAUGGCAAAUGUUGUACCGUGUUCAACUUCGCAACGUAGCCAGAUUAGCCAUCCGGAAAGCUGUACACAGCACCUAAACAAACACUUCGUGCAACUUGCUGCUACCAAUGCUAGCUCUUUGAAUGGUCUCUUUCUUGUGUCAUGUCGCCAUCUAUCACAAUAUCUACCACAUAAUGGGCCAUACUUUGUUCAACUUGCCCUUCAGUACAAAAUCGCGUGUGUGCGGUCACUAAGGGAGGCUAUAUCAUCUUCAGAGAUACACUCUCCGAUUAGUGAUUCGACCCUUGCGUUACCCCUAUUCCUAGCACAUGACGAGAUCCUGGUUGGUGAUGGCCCUUCGACUAAGAUACAUGUACAGGGCGCAAUCCAGAUGGCCAGGCAUAACAGAGCAUUAGAUAAGACCGACUGUAGUGCGUUUCCUUAUGACCUCAUUCAGAGAGACAUGUAG